AAUCAAAAUGGCGGCGAGCCAAGGCGUGGCCAUGUUAGAAGAAAGAAUUCAAGCGCUUGAAAAGCGUAUUAUUUCUUCAAAUCCCGAGAAAAUAAAAACCUCAUGUGCGGAUGUCUUAGCCCAGGUAAACCAAAAUAUGAAUAAAAUCACAACACGAUACUCCAAGGUUGGAGCUUUAUGGAAGAGAUUAAACGAGUUGCAAGACUAUCUAACACCUGAAUUUAUUGAGAAACUCACACUUACAGAUGAAUCUAAAGCAGAUAUAAUAUUGGCUAGCGAACAGCAACUAAGGACUACAGCAGAACAAUUUCAAACAUUGGAACAGCUAAAAAAUGUUCCCAGUGAGGCAACUUUUAAAGAUUUGCCAGAAUGGUCAUCUAAGCUUCAACCAUUAGUACAAGUUAAUGUACAACAACUGGAAGAGGUAGAACUGUUGGAUGAAGAAGUUUGUGAACUUUUAGUCACAUACAAUAACAUUAUCAACAGUUUAUCAAGACAAUUUCAAGAAUGGGAAAAUAUCAUUUGUGAACUAGAGUAUGCAGCUCAAAGAAAAACAAAAGAAUAGCUAAACAUAUUUGACAAGUAAAAUAUAUUUAGUAGAUAUACAGUGUACAAAAAAGGAAGCCAGAUAAAUGGCUAAU